AUGGCAUAUCGAGCGGGUCUGGCGUUUGUGGCCUAUCCGGAAGCGGUGUCCCGAUUGCCGAUCUCUCCCCUGUGGGCUAUACUGUUCUUCUUCAUGCUAUUGACGUUGGGUUUGGGCACUCAGUUCACACUCAUCGAGACCGUAGUGACGACGAUAGUGGACACGUGGCCCGACAAGUUCCGCCACCGGAAGCCGUUUGUGUUGGCCUGUACCUGUAUGUUCAUGUUCUUGACCGGGCUAUUGAUUUGCACGAAGGCCGGCAUGUAUAUACUUCAGCUCAUGGACAACCAUUGCGCCAGUUUCUCCGCUCUGAUCAUCGGUUUGGUGGAAGUGGUGGCCAUCGCGUGGGUCUACGGAGUUGACCGCUUUUUGGACGACAUGAAGAUAAUGUUAGGCCACUAUCCAUUUCAUCGGUUAUACUGGCGUACGCUCUGGAAGUUUGUCUGUCCCGGACUUAUCAUCUUUAUAUUAUUCUUCUCGCUCCUGGAGAUGAAACCGGCCUCUUAUGGCGAUUAUGUGUACCCGUGGUGGGCAUCCGUCAUAGGCUGGGGGCUAUCGCUAAUAUCGGUGUCGGCCAUACCUUUGGUUGCCAUCAUGAAAAUCAAUGAACUCCGGGGCCCUAUCCUUCAUCGCAUAAAAGUGUUGAUGCGUCCCACGUCUGACUGGGGUCCUAAACUGCAAUUACAUCGGAUGGAGACCCACAGCCCUAAGCAUACGGACAGUCAGGUGCCGCUCCGAUACGACGCCGACAACGACAGCAACGAUAGCACCGAUGACUUGAAGAUCAACGGCAAAGACAACUACAUAAUGGCCGACGAGCCCAGCGAUAGUGACACCGGUUUGCGGUUAAAACUUCCUUUAUAUCACUCCGAGACUGGACUCUAGUAUUCAAUUGAUUUUUUUCAAUCGGCAAAAAGGGUUGUGGGGUUUGGCGUCUAAUCUAAUAAAUUAGGUCUAAAUUGUGAUUUAAAAUAUAUAUAAUUAAUGAUUGAACACAUGUUUUAUAAAUAUAUUCAUGUAAUUUGUAUACAGACUUACAGUUAUAAUUAUGAUAUGAGAUAUUGAUUUUGUUGUUUGUCAGUAGUUUUUCCCUUAAUUUUGUUGUUUGUUUGAAAAGCGUUUAGUUUUUAAACGAAAAAGCUUUUCAUUUAAUCCAUAAUUGUUAUUAUGUUUUUCAAUCUGUUUGUUAAUUGACAUCUCAUUAGAUAUAAUUAUCACUUUAUUUCUAUCUCUAUUAUUAUUAUUAUUAUUACUAUUCAUUCGCCAAAGAAUUGACGGCCAAAUCAUUUACGAAAACUAAAUGAUAUAUAAAUUGUAUAUAAGUGUAUAAUUAUGUUCUCUAUAUCACAAACACACCAAAUAUUUACACACAAACACAUACCAAUCAAACUGACCAUCACUGGCGGGUCCGGCAUUAAAUUGUAUUGCUUUUGAUCUGAUUGUGUGGUUUAAGCGCAAGAAUAUUCUUGUCGUUUGGAUACGGAAUAUAUGAAAAUCUAUAUGAAUUUCAUAGCCGAUUGGUUACCAUCUAUUGAAAUGUUAAAUAAACUCAAUCACUGAAAGGCAGACAAUUAGCAAAAGAUAUGACCGUCAAGUGAUUGAUAUCGUCGCCUAAUAUCACCACAACUUCUUUAAUUAUCUCAUCUGUGGUUAACUUCCAACGAAAAAUAGAAAGACACAAACAGUACACAUAUUUUCUUGUAAUAUAUAGACCAACACUAAAAGUAUUACAUUUUUUCAAUGAACGGAUUUAAAUGCC